AUGGAUGAUGAGGAAACAACGACUGCAGCUGCGACUACGGACUUUGAAUCUACGGCUACAUCGGCUAUGACAACGAUGGAUGAUGACCUAACGACUGCAGCUGCGACUACGGACUUUGAGUCUACGGCAACAUCGGCUAUGACAACGAUGGAUGAUGACCCAACGACUGCUGCUGCUACGGUGCUCGAGGAAUUGGCUACACCGGUUAUGGCGACGAUGGAUGAUGAGGAAACAACGACUGCAGCUACGACUACAGACUUUGAGUCUACGGCUACAUCGGCUAUGACAACGAUGGAUGAUGACCCAACGACUUCAGACGCGACCACGGACUUUGAGUCUUCAGCCACACCGGCUAUGACAACGAUGGAUGAUGACCCAACAACGACUGUAAUUGCGACUACGGUGCUCGAGGAAUUGGCACCGGUUAUGGCGACGACGGAUGAUGAGGCAACGACUUCAGCUGCGACUACGGACUUUGAGUCUACGGCUUCAUCGGCUAUGACAACGAUGGAUGAAGAUCCAACAACGCCUUCAGCUGCUACUACGGGGUUUGAGUCUACGGCUACACCGGCUAUGACAACGAUGGAUGAUGAGGCAACGACCAUGGACAUUUGA